AGGCUGGUGUCUGCACCGGAACGCCGAGUCCCCUUAGAGGCUCCCGGUGUGUUGGGGAGCAGAAUGUUUGCUUAGAGUGGAAUGAAAUCCAGAAGGAAGGAAACGUUUUUUCAGGAAUGAGAGAGGAAAAGUGGGCGGCCAGCUGCCAGCAGGCGGUGGUGGCCAGGGUGUCAGACCUGGGUCGGGCCUGCGGCAUGGGAGUGGGGAGGGCCCUGGGACCCACCGUCAAUCCUAGGUCUGGAGCCCCUCCCUUGUGUCUCUCCUGUCUUUCCUUCUGUGCCUUGCCUGUUGACCUUCUGUCCCUUCUGUCUCCUGUGGAGAGGGCCGGCUUGCAUCUGUGAUGGUUUUUGCACCCAAGUGCUUGCCUGCCUGUCUCCUGCCCUCUCCCGUGCCCUCUCAAAGCUUCACAUCUGUCCCACUUCCUGCACCACUGGCCGGGAGGGAGGCCACCGGAGUAUAGCUGCCGGGCCUGACUUUGCCACCUACAAAGCCAUCCCAUCCUGGGCACUGGUCUCCUCUCCAGUCACAGGGGUGGCAUGCCAGAGGGACGUUUAGACCAGCCUUGGAACUACUGAAUGCCAGACUGUGAUUCCUGAUGGAUUCUGUAGGAACUCGAGGGGGCUGCGGAGCCUCCGUGGUGAUUGGGUGUUUCUCGUGGCCAGCCACUUGUUCUCCUGGGGAAGAGGCUGGUGAGUUUCUUUCUGUUUAUGUGGUAACCAGGCUACCGAGAUGGCAAACUUAGGUUCUGCAAUUACACAGCGUUUCAGAAGCAAAUUGAUAGGAUAACGUGUUAUUAUUGGCUACUGGGUUAAUAGCUAUUUUGGCAAGAGUACCAAUCCUGCGUGGUGUUGCUGGCGCGGGGUGUGAGAAUGGCGCGAUGGGGUGGAGAGGAAUGGUGGGUGCGCAACUGCACAGAGCCGCAGACUCGGGAGGACUCCGGGGGCCUCCUCUGCCAGCUCCUGCUUGGAGAAUGCUCAGUUCUGAUUAGCUGUUGCCGAAACCAAAACCAGAGAGGUUGAGAGACCAGUGUCAGAUCACACAAUGGUGAUGACGACCCACAACUCUCCUGGGUGGCCUCGUCUCCCUCCAGCAAGGAUGUUGCGUCACCCACGCAGAUGAUCGGAGAUGGUUGUGACCUCGGCCUCGGCGAGGAGGAAGGGGGCACAGGCCUGCCGUACCCUUGCCAGUUCUGCGACAAGUCCUUCAUCCGCCUGAGCUACUUGAAGAGGCACGAGCAGAUCCACAGCGACAAGCUGCCGUUCAAGUGCACCUACUGCAGCCGCCUCUUCAAGCACAAGAGGAGCCGCGACCGGCACAUCAAGCUGCACACGGGCGACAAGAAGUACCACUGCCACGAGUGUGAGGCGGCCUUCUCCCGCAGCGACCACCUCAAGAUCCACCUGAAGACCCACAGCUCCAGCAAGCCCUUCAAGUGCACCGUGUGCAAGCGCGGCUUCUCCUCCACCAGCUCGCUGCAGAGCCACAUGCAGGCCCAUAAGAAGAACAAGGAGCAUCUGGCCAAGUCGGAGAAGGAAGCCAAGAAGGACGACUUCAUGUGCGACUACUGCGAGGACACCUUCAGCCAGACGGAGGAGCUGGAGAAGCACGUGCUCACCCGCCACCCACAGCUCUCCGAGAAGGCGGACCUGCAGUGCAUCCACUGCCCCGAGGUCUUCGUCGACGAGAACACGCUGCUCGCCCACAUCCAUCAAGCCCACGCCAACCAGAAACACAAGUGCCCCAUGUGCCCUGAGCAGUUUUCCUCAGUGGAAGGUGUCUACUGCCACCUGGACAGCCACCGGCAGCCUGACUCCAGCAACCACAGCGUCAGUCCUGACCCUGUGCUGGGCAGCGUGGCCUCCAUGAGCAGCGCCACGCCCGACUCCAGCGCCUCUGUGGAGCGCGGCUCCACCCCGGACUCCACCUUGAAGCCGCUGCGGGGGCAGAAGAAGAUGCGGGAUGAUGGGCAGGGCUGGACCAAGGUGGUCUAUAGCUGCCCCUAUUGUUCCAAGCGGGACUUUAACAGCCUGGCGGUGCUGGAGAUCCACCUGAAGACCAUCCACGCGGACAAGCCCCAGCAGAGCCACACGUGUCAGAUCUGCCUAGACUCCAUGCCCACCCUCUACAACCUCAACGAGCACGUGCGCAAGCUGCACAAGAACCAUGCCUACCCCGUGAUGCAGUUUGGCAACAUCUCCACCUUCCACUGCAACUACUGCCCCGAGAUGUUUGCCGACAUCAACAGCCUGCAGGAGCACAUCCGCGUCUCCCACUGCGGUCCCAACGCCAACCCCUCCGAUGGCAAUAACGCCUUCUUCUGCAACCAGUGCUCCAUGGGCUUCCUCACCGAGUCCUCCCUCACCGAGCACAUCCAGCAGGCCCACUGCAACGUGAGCAGUGCCAAACUAGAGUCUCCGGUGGUGCAGCCCACGCAGUCCUUCAUGGAGGUCUAUUCCUGCCCCUACUGCACCAACUCCCCCAUCUUCGGCUCCAUCCUGAAGCUCACCAAGCACAUCAAGGAGAACCACAAGAACAUUCCACUGGCCCACAGCAAGAAGUCCAAGGCCGAGCAGAGCCCAGUCUCAUCCGACGUGGAGGUGUCGUCCCCAAAGCGGCAGCGGCUCUCGGCGAGUGCCAACUCCAUCUCCAAUGGCGAGUAUCCUUGCAAUCAGUGUGACCUCAAGUUCUCCAACUUUGAGAGCUUCCAGACUCACCUGAAGCUGCACCUGGAGCUGCUCCUGCGGAAGCAGGCGUGCCCCCAGUGCAAAGAGGACUUUGACUCCCAGGAGUCCCUCUUGCAGCACCUGACAGUGCAUUACAUGACCACGUCGACUCACUAUGUGUGCGAGAGCUGCGACAAGCAGUUCUCCUCGGUGGAUGACCUGCAGAAGCACCUGCUGGACAUGCACACCUUUGUGCUGUACCACUGCACCCUGUGUCAGGAGGUCUUCGACUCCAAGGUGUCCAUCCAGGUGCACUUGGCGGUGAAGCACAGCAAUGAGAAGAAGAUGUACCGCUGCACAGCCUGUAACUGGGACUUCCGCAAGGAGGCCGACCUGCAGGUGCACGUCAAACACAGCCACCUGGGCAACCCGGCCAAGGCUCACAAGUGCAUCUUCUGCGGGGAGACCUUCAGCACCGAGGUGGAGCUGCAGUGCCACAUCACCACGCACAGCAAGAAGUAUAACUGCAAGUUCUGCAGCAAAGCCUUCCAUGCCAUCAUCCUGCUGGAGAAGCACCUGCGGGAGAAGCACUGUGUGUUCGACGCUGCGACCGAGAACGGCACGGCCAACGGGGUGCCUCCCGCGGCCACCAAGAAGGCUGAGCCGGCCGACCUGCAGGGCAUGCUGCUUAAGAACCCCGAGGCGCCCAACAGCCACGAGGCCAGUGAGGACGACGUGGACGCGUCGGAGCCCAUGUACGGCUGCGACAUCUGUGGGGCGGCCUACACCAUGGAGGUGCUGCUGCAGAACCACCGGCUGAGGGACCACAACAUCCGGCCAGGCGAGGAUGACGGCUCGCGCAAGAAGGCUGAGUUUAUCAAGGGCAGCCACAAGUGCAACGUUUGCUCGCGGACUUUCUUCUCGGAGAAUGGGCUACGGGAGCACCUGCAGACGCACCGGGGCCCUGCCAAGCACUACAUGUGUCCCAUCUGUGGUGAGCGCUUCCCUUCGCUGCUGACGCUCACUGAGCACAAGGUGACCCACAGCAAGAGCCUGGACACGGGCACCUGUCGCAUCUGCAAGAUGCCCCUGCAGAGCGAGGAGGAGUUUAUCGAGCACUGCCAGAUGCACCCCGACCUGCGCAACUCUCUCACGGGCUUCCGCUGCGUGGUCUGCAUGCAGACAGUCACCUCCACACUCGAGCUCAAGAUCCAUGGCACCUUCCACAUGCAGAAGCUGGCAGGCAGCUCAGCAACGUCCUCCCCCAAUGGCCAGGGGCUGCAGAAGCUCUACAAGUGUGCCCUGUGCCUCAAGGAGUUCCGCAGCAAGCAGGACCUGGUGAAGCUCGACGUCAACGGGCUGCCCUACGGCCUCUGCGCCGGCUGCAUGGCCCGCAGCGCCAAUGGACAGGUGGGAGGCCUGGCACCCCCCGAGCCCGCCGACCGGCCCUGUGCCAGCCUCCGCUGUCCCGAGUGCAGCGUCAAGUUCGAGAGUGCUGAAGACCUGGAGAGCCACAUGCAGGUGGACCACCGCGACCUCACGCCGGAAACCAGUGGGCCCCGGAAAGGGACCCAGACGUCGCCGGUGCCCCGGAAAAAGACAUACCAGUGCAUCAAGUGCCAGAUGACCUUCGAGAACGAGAGAGAGAUCCAAAUCCAUGUUGCCAACCACAUGAUUGAGGAAGGCAUCAACCAUGAGUGUAAGCUGUGCAACCAGAUGUUCGACUCCCCAGCCAAGCUCCUCUGUCACCUCAUCGAGCACAGCUUUGAGGGCAUGGGCGGCACCUUCAAAUGCCCCGUGUGCUUCACAGUCUUCGUCCAGGCCAACAAGUUGCAGCAGCACAUCUUUGCCGUGCACGGGCAGGAGGACAAGAUCUACGACUGCUCGCAGUGCCCGCAGAAGUUCUUCUUCCAGACCGAGCUGCAGAACCACACGAUGAGCCAGCACGCACAGUGAGGGAUCGCUCAACAGGACACCUCUCCGCAGAAGGCUUGCCGGAGACGCCGUGGGGAGGGCCAUUUGAACAUUACAUCCAAUCAAAGUGUCAUUUGCAACCCAGAUGUAAAACUCUAAUGAUUUGGCCAUGAGGCGCUGCUAUUAUAAGCAGCUGGAAAUGAAUAUUAAUGGCAGAGAUUAAAAGUAUUCCAUGCUCAGUAUUUUUUAUUGUCCUGCUACAGCUAGUGUGCUUUUAGAGUUUCCGCCGCAGACUACAUUUCUAGAGUUAGAGAAACCUGCUUUUUAAGGCUAUUGUCCUUUGUUCUUUCAUGUAUUAUAUUGAUAGUUUUUAAAAAAGAAUUAGUGUGAUUUUUUUUUUCUUUGCUUCUUUUUUUUCUUUCUUGUUUUUCUUUCCCCCCCUUUGGUUAACUACUUUUUAAUUGCAGUUCUAGGUAAUUGUGCAUCGUGAUGUGAUUGCUUGGCUAUUGUCUGAAUAUUUCCUUUUAAUUUUUUAAUUAAAGACUAAUGCUUUGAUUGGAUUUGCCAGUUCACCGGACAGUGAUUAAAACUAUGUAAUGAAUAUAAUCGGUUUCAGUGCAACUGGAUGGUCUGCUUUUAAAUGUGACUUAAUCUGACUGCAGUAACUAGUACAGUUCAAUAAAGGGAAUCCAUGCGAUUAGCA